UGAUUUGCUAGAUUUAGCUGAGCUAAUACACUUCGAAAAAAAACAUAAUGCUAGCUUUUGCUUAAGGUAAUAAGUUUGGAAACUCAUCUAAAAGACACUAACAUAGUUUAAGGGUUUAUUUUAAUAAUAUAAAAAAUAUAAAAUAUUCUUAAAAUUUGUUAACCGCAAAAUGAACUUUUAAUAGCAUUUAACAUUUUUGAGUUACAAUUAAAAGAAGGAAAGUAAUAAAAAAACUCAAUAAAUCUUCUCUAAAUCUUCAGACGUUUAGGAAUGUCUUAUUUUUUUAUAAAAAUUUAGUUAAUAAUUUUAAUUCUAAGUGUCAACUUUGCCUCCGGAUCCAUCCAAUGACGUUGUCUUAGUUUAUUUCAUUUUUGUUUUUUUUUACUGGCAUCUUCACGUCAGAAGCAGUUUAUGCCAGACAUAGCUCAAUCUGAAUCUGAAUCUGCCUCUGUAUCUCAAUCUGAGCAUCUGCCUAGGCUUGGUCUUUCAGUCAGUCAGUCAGUCAGUUAGUCAACUAGUCACUUAGUCACUUAGUCAGUUCAUUCAUUCGGUUUUGUUUGCCAACAGUCUCUGCCUUUUGGAGCGAUAUUUUGCGGUCGCAGUCAGCGUAGCGCUGUCAACGCUGGCGGCAGUUAACUUCUCGCUGUUAACGUGGCUAUAAUUGCAAGACGCAAGAAAGCAGUUUUAAUUGUUGUAAACAAGCGCGCGAGUUCGGUUCAUUUGGCAAAACAAAAACAAACGUCGAAAAGUACUCCGCGAGUUGUAAUUGUUGAUAAAGGUCGUGAAAAUUAAGUGAAAAAUUAACAAAAAAAAACUAUUGGCGCCAAGUACUUUUUUGUUAAUCAUUAAGUGAUUUAGUAAAGAUCUAUAAACUAGUUAAGGAAAAUGAUUUAUAGACUUUGUCUAUAAGAAAGUGACUCAAGAACUUAUAGGAUUUACACCCCUACAUUAAGUAAUCCCCUUGAAAAAUAAAAUGAAAAUUGGCAGGUUACACGUGCAUUGCCUUGGGCUUUAUGGACUAUAUGCACUUCACGUGUAAUUGCGAAUUAGCCAAGCAAAUAUGAGGCGAUUUUACAGCCUCGAAAGUGCCAGAGAUUAAACGAAACAGAGCAGAGAUGUGAUCUCUGGUAUGACAAAUGUUUUCCCUCAUUUCCACUUGGCAAAUCAAUAAAAAAUUAACUCACACCGACAUGGACAGCCGAAGGAGAUGCAUGUGUUUAUUGCUAAGAUAAAUUCCCCCAAGUCAGCAAAUCAGCAAACAGUAAAUAAAUAUAUAUAUAGUAAGGAGGAGGAUAGCUUUAAUACCAACGAUCAAUAUUUGUACAACAAAUCAGCAAUGAGAGCGGGCUGGCAGAGCAGCGGCAUACUAUUUUCAACGAAAACCGUACGAGAUGCGUGAGGCGAAUUAACACCGAUGCGUUAACACAAUUAGUUGAAAAGUGAAAAACGACAUAAAGUAUGGUAGUAAAAGAAGAUUAAAUACAAAAACAAAAAAAUAUAUAAUACAAAAUCUAUAUGCCAUUCGGGAGUGCCGAGAAAAAGCGGGCCAGCAAAUUUGCAACUUUACACUCGACGGGCGUUUUUAGUCGCGCCAUGAAGCUCCAGCAUCGCGGCUGAGUUUAAGAAGCAAACUAAAAAAGAAACACAUGUGCUUAAAGUGAUAAAUAAUAUUUAACAAAACAAAAAACAACAAAAAAAAUAUAUAAACUAUGUCUGAUUUAUUGAAAGCUUUGAAUAUCACGGGCAACCUGCUGGCAGGCCUCGAAGAUACUGGCAACCUAACGAUUGCAACUGCAACGGCAACUUCAACGUCCACAACUCUUAGUGAAGGCCUCAAUGGCACGGCAACUACUUUAGAGGCCAAUAGUGGCGAAAAACUUGAUCUUGGCGGUUUCGAUUUGCCUGGGAACUAUUCCAUAUUGAUUAAUAAACUGGAACAGCUAGCCUUGGGCUUGGACUCGGCCUUGGGUAAUUUCACCAUCGAUCGCCAGGAGGUUGAGAUCAAUUUGAGUGGUGCUGCCUCAGCGAAUGAGGUAGCUGAUGCUGCCGAGGAUCUUUUUGAUUCAUUGCCAGCUGCUAGGGCUCCUACGCCACAUAUAGCUCAUGGAUCGAGGAUAUAUACGGGUGAUGAUGGCCAGGACUUUGCUCAUGUGGUCAGCGAUAUUUGGAUAGGGGUUAUACUUACCCUGCUUAUUGUCUUUGUGAUAUUCUUUAUAUGCGCUUGCUUUGUCUACCACAAGUUUCAGCAGUGGAAGAAUUCAUACCGUGCCAAUCACAGUGAUCCCACGAUUGAGAUUUGCCGUCGCUGUCCGCCAGACUACGAGGCCGAGUCACUGCCCUCGUAUACGAUUGUGUCCGGCUUGCCAACCUAUGACGAUGCUUUGGAAGAGUUCCGAAAGGCUGGAAUUAUUCUGACCCCCGCUGUGGUGCCCAUCAUCAAGAUAUUCGAGUGCAAUGAGACUGGCAAGGAGCAGGCAGUGGGUUACAGCCUAGUGGAGACGAAUAUAUCGAAUGCAGAUGCUGGGGCAGAUAAUGUGUCGAUAGCCUCGAUAGCCACAUGUAGUUGUGGGAACUCCUCGCCCACCUCAUCGCUGCCCAGUUAUAGUGCCGCCACAGCAGCAGCUGCUCCUCCACAGGUUAUUGAAUUGUCACCGGAACACCUGGCCUCCUUGUCCCAGAAACGUCUGUCCCUGCAGAUCUCAUUCAAUAAUUCAGUGCGCCGGCAAUCGCCGUUAAGAAAUCAUCUACUCAGAUCUAGGGCGGUGGGUAAUACUGCUGGAUUGGGUCCAUCGGAGGCGAUGGGUCCUGUUGGCGUUCACGGGUCAGGAUCACAUGGCAAUGGAGCCACCAUCCUGCCCGUUCUGCAUCGCUCCUCCUCGACAAUUUCACUGUCCAAUGAACGUCAGUUGCUGGAUCAACGCCUCAGGCACUUGCAUCAUCGCGGUUCCCUCUACUGAGAACUGAGAAUUGAGCAUCUCAACUGCCCGACUCUAUUCCUUCCUAAAGUGUAUUCCUUACGUUAUUCAAAACCCAAAUGUUGUUAGUUUUAAGGCACAGACACAAUAAAUAUACGUUAUUAUUUUAUGA